CUGAGCUCUGAACCACCGCGUUAAUGAGAACCAGGGCGAAGGCGCUGGAAGGGGCUGAAGGGGUUGGGGAUGCCUGUGGGGGCCUCGGCACGAAGCUCAGAUGAAGCUCUUCAGCCGGGCGCAGCUGAAGGGGGGCCGGGACCCGGACAAAAGGCAUCGUGCUGAACGUGAAACCUCUUGAAUCCGACCUCUUCGCCGCGCUGUUCCCUGCACGGCAGCGGCUGCCACAGCGCCGGGGGCUAAGCCCGGGCGAAGGACCAUCCCCACGAGCAUCUUCCCAGCAGGACCCACGCGUGGGAACGUGGAGGGUUCCCGGGACUGCUAGGCGGGGGGCUCCUCCCCCCGGGUUGCCCCCUUGCCCCUCCGCAGGCAGGGACAUGGGUCUGUCCGCACGCGAGGCUCGGUGACUUUCCCUGCCCCUCUCCCUUGGGGCGGGGAGAAAGUCCCUUGGUUAAAAGGAGAAAACUCGCUGCUGCGGGAACGUGUCUCUGCCCCCCCCCCCCCCCCCGCGGACGAGCCCCCCGGGGGCGCUUUAUUUUCCGCUCUUCUCCAGCAAGUGGGUGCCUCUGCCCCACAGGCUCCGGGACGCGGGAUCUUCCUCGCCCGCCCUGGCGGGUUACAAUGAGGGGACUAGGCUAGCCUGCUGGUUUCUCAGGGCCAUAGUAAUGGCUGAAGUUGGUCUCUGGGAGCCCGCUGCAGGCUCAUACUACCUUUCUAAAGUGGUGUGGAAUCAGUGAGUCAACCCCUGUCUGGGUCCUCUGCCUUUGCUGGGGCCUGUGCUGAGGCCAGCAGGAUGGGGAGCAGUGGCUCGGCACUGAAGGUCUGUUCUGAUCACCGAGGAGGCAUCAACUGGCUCAGUCUGAGCCCAGACGGGCAGCACCUGCUGACAGGCAGUGAAGAUGGCACUGCACGUCUCUGGAGCACUGCAGAUAGCCAGUGCCAUGGCCACUUCCAAGGACAUGAAAGCUACAUCACCUUUUGCCACUUAGAAAAUGAGGUUGCAUUCACAUGUAGUGCAGAUCACACAAUUAGAAAGUGGGAUGUGAUGACAGGCCAGUGUCUGGCCAUUUACCGAGGGCACACAUCAAUUGUCAACAGGAUCCUGGUUGCCAAAGACUAUCUGUUUAGCGGCUCCUAUGACAGGACAGCUCGGUGCUGGAGUGUGGAUAAGGAGAAGCAAAUCCAGGAAUUCCGGGGCCAUCGGAACUGUGUUCUGACUCUGGCUCACUACUCCUCCAGGGAUGUUCAUGAUGAGUCAGAGGAGGAGCAGGAGAAACUGAGCCGAGACUUCCUGGUGACAGGAAGCACAGACUGCACUGUUAAGGUCUGGUGGGUGUCGAGUGGGCGUUGCUACCAGACCCUGCUAGGGCACACUGGGGCUGUUUUAUGCCUUAUACUCGAUGCUCCAAACAGGGAGCUAUUUUCUGGCAGCACAGAUUAUACCAUCCGAACAUGGAAUAUUGUAACCGGCGAGCAGUUAAAAGUGUUCAAAGAGCAUCAAGGAUCGGUUAUCUGUCUAGAGCUGGUGAAUCGACACUUGUAUUCGGGGAGUGCAGACAAGACGGUGAAGUGCUGGUUAGCAGACACUGGGGAGCAAGUCCAAACAUACAAGACUCACAAACACAGCGUUAGCACUUUGAAAUACCAUGCAGGAAUCUUGUUUACAGGAAGUGGUGAUGCCAGCGCUCGAGCUUUCAAUUCAAAGACAGGAGUCCUGCAGAGGGUCUUCCGAGGACACAAGUUCAUCAUCAACUGCAUUCAGAUUCACAAUGAAUUAUUGUACACAGCUUCCCAUGAUGGCACGCUAAGGAUCUGGGAUGUACAAGGAAUCUGCAAGCGAAACAAGCAUCGCCUGAAGACGGAGCGGUCUGUCCCGGGCAAGAGCUCUCAGAAGGGAAGCCUGUCUCGUCUUUUCAAUAACAGAGUUGGCUGCACAAUGCAACAGGAGAAUGGGGAACUUGAGGCUGUUGAACUAAUGUGAUUGCCUGGAACAAACUUUCUGAGCCAUCUGCUGUGCCACUGGGUGCAGAUAAGCCAGACCUUGGAAAGGGGUGGGAAAUUAUAUUGCCCAAAGUGCUCAAUCAAGAGUUCACAUUCUUGUGAAUCAUGAAACUACUCUCUUCGGACUAUUACUGACAUCUCGCCGCAUCUCACAGUAUAUUGUAAUGGAAAGUAAACUUACGUGGAUGACUUACAGACCAGGGGCAAUAUGGGGUCAGGAGCCAUUGUGGAAAGCAGUCCAUGAGAUAUGCCUUCCCCUGUAUUUUUGUUUGUAAUUAUAAUUUGUAUUUAAGUCUCCUUUUCCCAGUUCCUCCCUGUACAGUGGUAUUUGACCCCACUGCUGUAUCAUGCUGGUCCCUGACAGGAGGAGAGGCAGGAAUAAGUAAUAAGCCAAUAGGCUCCCUCCCCUUCUUAUUGCCUGUUACAACACACUGCGAUGGAGCAGAAUGUGCAAGCGAAAGCUGCCUUGCAGGAUGACUCUGAAUUGAAUUUUCUCAGCUCCCUUUGGGGUAAUAAUGUCCUUGCCUCUCGCUGAUCCGAGUGACUUUAAUGUAGGAGAGUUUGGCUGAGGCACACAGAUGCCUGAAGUCUCUCUGGGGCUUGAGCUUACAGCAACAGAGCAGAGAUUUAAAUGGGCUUUAAAAAACUCCGGCAAACGACCAACCUGAACUUCAGGCCAGUUCCUCCCCAUACAGCUUGAGUGGGAGAGCAGGAUGGCAGUGGGUGUACCCGGUGGGGAGAGGGCCUUGUUUCCUUGUUGUGGAGCUUGGAAAGCAGGUCAACAGGCUUCAGGGAUGCUGGUUCUGAAGGAUGUGAUGGACGGGGGGGUUGAGUGAAUGCAGCCACCCAGUAGCUCUCUGGCGUCUCUGCUCAGCCUGGGCUCCCUUCACAUCUCAUUAACCCGGCAGCGGUGCUGCCCAUUCCAUGACAGGUGCCAUAGGAGCCAGACAAAAGCUAGAGAGUGCCUGGAGACCAUAGAGGCUUUGAAAUGAAGAGCAUGGGAAUGUAGAAGGGUGUUACCAUGGAAGAAGGUGGGGACCUGUUGGAAGGGAGGUGGUGGUGUGUAAAGAUCUAGAGUGAAAUUGCUAGAGACUACCUAGGUGUGCCUGAAGGAAAGGGGUGCAGUAGGUUUGGAAAAGCAUCUGAAUCAGUGGUUCUCAACCUGUUUAUGCGGCCCACAGUGUAUUAUGUGGGCUGCAGGUUGAGAACCACAGUGCCACCCCCGAACUGCCCACAGGCCCCUAUGCCCAGCACCCCUGCCCACAGCGGGGCCAGAAACAGUGCCCUGGGUGCAGGCCGGGCAGCAGCUGGACCUGGACCCCGCCAUGCGGGGCUGGGUAGCAGCCGGGACCCGAGUGCUGCUGUGUGGGGCCGGGCAGCUGGGAGCCCUGGCACUGGGCCAGGAGCUGAGUGGGCCAGCAGCCAGGACCUGAUAAGGGGGGCCAGGAGCGGAGCCCCACCUGAAACCUGGGGUUCUGCAGCACCCUGGUAAACCCCUAGCUCCCAGUGACCCCCAAAUCCUCACUGCCCAGUGGCCCCCCCCCACACCAAACCUAUCCACAGACCCACUCACCAGCCCCCUGCUGGCAGGAGUGCUCCAGCAGGCUGCAAGACUGUCUCCCCCUCAGCCAGCCCUGCCCCCACCAGACCAAAGCAGCAAAUUCUGAAUUUUUUUUAGUACACAGCUGUGCGCUAAUUGGGCCGCAGGUUGAGAACAGCUGAUCUAAAUUUAGGGGUGGCGCACUCGUCUUGUCCAGGUUCACUGCUCCUUGAUAAUCACUGAGCCAUAAAUAUUCAAGUGUCCUUAUAUUUUUGUUGUUGAUAUAGCACACUUUGUAGAAUCAAUGAAACAGAUACGUAACCGUGUGUUUUUAUUUUUGUGGCUUUAUUUAUUCUGUAUUGUGGCGGAUAAAUGCUGUAAUACUCUGCGAGUGGGUAAUAAACACAUGGCAUCUAUAGAUGAAA